AUGUCGUUUAGGAGACAAUACACUGUUCUCAAUAAUGACAUCAAAGAAGAAAAUACUCGUUUAAAUUAUAUUAGCAUAUAUUCUACAAAAGUAGCUAAAUACGGAGCUAUUUUUAUAAAGCGGAUUGACAAUCAAGUUAAAGUCAAAUUUGUUCCUUGUAAAUGUGGAACCACUUGUAUAAAUAAUUCAGAAUUAUUAGAAAAAGAUAUUGAUUUUAAAUAUUUUAACCCCCCAAAUAUCAGGGACAAUGAUUCCAAUUUGUAA